AUCCGUGUUCUGUGAGAACCAAGUAGCAGGACACUAGACCCUGGAGUCCAGAUAUAUACCAGUACUUGGAAGCUCUCUUUCCGCACUCUCGCGAUUUUAAGCCCCCUUUAUCGGAAAUUUGCCGCCAUAUAUUCAUAUAUGUGUGCAUGUUGUAUAAAACUCGAUUGCGGCUGCAAACAAAUUAGUCUCAGCUCGGUUCGUUUCGUUUGGAAACAGUGCUCUCGUUCUCGUUCUCCCCAGAGACACGUCAGUGGCAGCAGGCAGAAUAUUCGGAAUUCAGAAUAUACGCAACUCAGACCAAGGCUAAUCCGAAACCAUGUCCGACGACUUCGAUGGCUGCGAGUGCGUCUGGUCGCAGGAGUACGCAAUGCAGCGCAUCAUCAACUUCAUUCGACAGAACCAGGAUGCCUGCACGGACACCGAGUGCUUGGAUGUCGUCGGACGCACCUCGCAGCAGGCGCAGGUCGCCGGACGCGGCGAUGACAGCGGCUUCUCCGUCGCCAUGAUCUUCCUGAUCGUGGCCAUGUUCAUGUACAUAGUGAACCCGAGUACCUGGGGCAACUUCACCAGCAACAAGCGAGCUGGCGGCCGACGCGACAAUAAUCAGGACGGCUCUCCGCCGCAGCCUCCUCCGCCGGCCAUCAACUAGGUGACUCCGAGGACCCCUGCUUCUACGAAAACCUGAGCAUCCACAACACAAUUUGCAAACAGCAUUUCCUUGUUUUGUUAUUUCUCCCGCUAUUGGGAAAGAAACCACGGAUAGAACCAGAUCAAUCGACUUGGUGCCAUCCAUUCGCACGUUUACACAGAUUAGGCAAAUUAUACAUCCCUUACAUUGUACAAAACACUUACCCGCGCACUCUGAAACACACCGGCUUAUCAACUAACAUAUUUGGACACUUUUUAAAAGACUUUGGAAAACGAA